AUGUGUAAACCCUAAGCCCAGAAAAAAAAGUGUUUAUGAAGUGAGAAAGCAAAACAAAGCAAAGGGAAGGAGAAAGGGGAAGCAGAAUCAGCGUGAUGGCGAGAAACUGGGUGGUUCGAUCCUUGGCGCUUCGUCACGCAAUGAAGAAUAGGGUUCUCCCACUCUCCUUCAACCGAAUUCUUCCCUCACUCCCAUCAAAAUCCUCUCUCUUAGCCACCACCGCCGCCGCCACUGCCUCCUCUCAGCUCUCCCUCCUCCCCUCCUUCCACCACUCUCGCUCCCUCUCCUCCGCCUCAGCUCCUUCCGACGUUGUCCUUGUUAAUUCCGAGGAAGAGUUCAACAAUAUCCUUACCAAAGUCCGAGAUGACUCGUUGCACGCGGUCUUCUAUUUCACUGCGGCUUGGUGUGGACCUUGCAGGUUUAUUUCACCUAUCGUUGGGGAGCUCAGUAAGAAGUACCCUCAUGUAACAACAUAUAAGAUUGACAUUGAUCAGGAAGCACUUCAAGGCACACUGGGCAAGUUGCAGAUUUCAUCUGUGCCAACACUUCAUUUCUUUCAGAAUGGGAAAAAGGCUGAUGAGCUUAUAGGUGCUGAUGUUGCGCGAUUAAACUAUAUCACAGAGAAACUCUUCAAGAAGGACUGACUUUGAUUUUGGCUGAAUGGACGAUGAAGUGCAAAAUGAUUGAACUGUGGCUGCUUGGAGUAUGUCUAGGCGUCCCUCUUGAUAUGCUGGUGUCAAUGUCUUGGUUUAAUAUUGAAGUGUUUUGUGUAGGUCUUUAGGACAUGGGAUAUUUGUUAUACGUAAUGUUUUUAUAGAAGGAAUAUUGAGAAGUUGAAAAUUCUUAAAAUUGACAUCAUUCUAAUUUAUCUUCUAUAUGAUACUUAAUUGUUGUUUUGUAGGA